AUCUUUUUGCUACCUGAUUUGUUCUUCUCCUUUGCUUCACAUCUGAAAAUGGGCAAUUGCUUUACAAUCAACAAAAUCGUAUCACAAAACGGCCAGGACAAAGCUAAUGAAGCCGUGAAAGAGAUGGAGAAUACUACAGUUUCCAACAUGGAAGAGGCUGCCGAUGAGCGAUCUGAAUCUGAUGGUGUUAACAUGAAGAAGAUGAUGAAGAAGAAGAAGAUGGUGAGGUUCAAGUUAAACGACGAUGGAUCGGGCGAACAAGGUGAGUCGAAGAAUGGGGUUGUGAGAAUACGACUCGUGGUGACUCAGGAGGAGUUGAAGCAGAUUAUUUUGAGUAGUGGGAAAGAUUUGAUGCAGCCUUCAAUGGAGCAGUUGACGAGAGUUUUGAAACUGAGAGGUGUUAGGGUUUCUGGAGAUGACGGUGAUGAGUUCCAUGGAGGUUGGAGGCCGGCACUGGAGAGUAUUCCGGAGGAACAUUAACAAUACAUGGAACUGUGUUUUUUGAACUCACCCUAAUUUUUGUUCAGAUUAACUCAUCUUUCUUGUUGUAAAG